AUGUCAAGCGCGACUUUCCUGACGGGGGUCGCCACGGGGGGUGAGACAAAUGUUGGCGGUAACUGGACUACGUGUAGAGGAAACAGGGAGGUGGGACCUGCCGCCGUUGUGAAGGGUGAACCCUCCUGUGCACACUUCCCUCGCUACUGCCCACACAUCCCUCGCCUACUGCCCACACAUCCCUCGCCUACUGCCCACACAUCCCUCGCCUACUGCCCACACAUCCCUCGCCUACUGCCCACACAUCCCUCGCCUACUGCCCACACAUCCCUCGCUACUGCCCACACUUCCCUUGCCUACUGCCCACACAUCCCUCGCCUACUGCCCACACAUCCCUCGCCUACUGCCCACACUUCCCUCGCCUACUGCCCACACAUCCCUCGCCUACUGCCCACACAUCCCUCGCCUACUGCCCACACAUCCCUCGCCUACUGCCCACACUUCCCUCGCCUACUGCCCACACUUCCCUCGCCUACUGCCCACACUUCCCUCGCCUACUGCCCACACAUCCCUCGCUACUGCCCACACUUCCCUCGCCUACUGCCCACACAUCCCUCGCCUACUGCCCACACAUCCCUCGCCUACUGCCCACACUUCCCUCGCCUACUGCCCACACAUCCCUCGCCUACUGCCCACACUUCCCUCGCCUACUGCCCACACUUCCCUCGCCUACUGCCCACACAUCCCUCGCCUACUGCCCACACAUCCCUCGCCUACUGCCCACACUUCCCUCGCCUACUGCCCACACUUCCCUCGCCUACUGCCCACACAUCCCUCGCCUACUGCCCACACAUCCCUCGCCUACUGCCCACACAUCCCUCGCCUACUGCCCACACAUCCCUCGCUACUGCCCACACAUCCCUCGCUACUGCCCACACAUCCCUCGCCUACUGCCCACACAUCCCUCGCCUACUGCCCACACAUCCCUCGCUACUGCCCACACAUCCCUCGCUACUGCCCACAUAUAACUGA